AUGGAUUCCCCAACUCUUCUCUUCCCCCAACCCGAUCUCUAUUUACAGACUCGCGCUGGCAACCGCAUUCCAGCGCACGCUACCAUUCUGGCUUCCGUAUCCCCGGUUCUACAAAACGUGAUAAAGUCCUCCAACCGAAUCGUCAAAAUUCACGGCGUUCCAGACGCUGCCGUCACGGCUUUCGUAGCGUUCCUCUACUAUGCCAGGUGCACGGAGGAGGAUAUGCAUAAGUACGGAAUGCACCUUCUUGUACUGUCGCACGUGUACAUGGUGAAGCAUCUGAAACAGCGGUGCAUCAAGGGACUGGGCGACCGCGUCAGUACGGAGAACGUAGUGGACGUGUUGCAACUGGCGCGGCUCUGCGACGCGCCGGAUCUCUACCUCAAGUGUGCCAGGCACCUCACGAACUGUUUCAAAGCGGUGAAGGAAACCGAGGGAUGGAGAUUCCUGCAGAACCACGACCCCUGCCUAGAGCUUGAGAUUCUCCGUUUCAUGGAAGAACAUGAAAAGAGGAAGAGGAAGGCGAGGAAGAGAAGGGAGGAUGGUAGGUUAUACACGGAAUUGAGCGAAGCGAUGGUAUGUCUGGAGCACAUAUGCACGGAGGGGUGCACGGAGGUGUGGCCGUUUGAUGUGGAGGUCAGGCGAGAGAGAGAACCGUGUUCAAUGUUCGGCACGUGUCAGGGUAUGCAAAAUUUGAUUCGACACUUCGCCACCUGCGAGAGCGUUAAGCGACGGUGUUUACGGUGUAAGCGCAUGUGGCAACUCUUCAGACUUCAUUCCUCUAUUUGCCUGCGACAAGAUACCUGCAAGGUUCCUCUGUGCAGGUCAACAUCCUCCCUCUUUUACCUCUUUUAUGUUUUUCAUAAUCUGUAUUCUACAUAUAAACCAUUAAUUUAUUAUUUAAUCAAAUAAUAUUAACAACGGCGACAAUGAUAAUUUCACCGUGAAUAUUCUUUCUCCGUCACUACGAGCGCCGAAUAGGUCUUGUGGCGUUAGUUUUUUGUCAUUAUAUUCUUUGUCAGAAUAAAUAUACAUUUCGUAAAUUGAAAAAGUUUAUGUACGAUAGAUGAUAUGACAAUAGGAAGAAAGAGACAAAAGCGAAAAAAUAAAUGUGAAAUAACUGUUUGUGAUAAAUGAGUAUCUAUAUAUUUUAGUAAAGAUCAAAGAUGAAUGGAUAUUCUCUACUGUUGGACACGUUGGAAGAGAAAGAAGGAAGUGUCACGAUGAUAUGUGGUAUUGUCUUAUAAGAGAAAAAAAGAGAUGUAACAAUGAAGGUUGAAUAGGUAGGUGUUUGUGAUACAUGAGUGUCUAGAUUUCUAUGUACUUUUGGUUAGGAUAAGAUUAAUGGAUUCUAAAUGCUAUUUGAAGCCUGGUGACCGAGAGAUAUGCAAAUAAGAUUGGUGAUACAAAUUUGAUAAAAAUAAAAGUAAAAAUUAGGUGCCAAAUAAGUGUUGACGUAUGGAUGCUUUGUAAAUCAUUGUCUUUUUUGGUAACUACGCAAAAUCCUUAUUGUAAAUCAUUGUCCUUUUGGUAACUAAGUAAA